UGUGGAAUUUGAUGAUCUUGCAUGGGAUAAACGAGAGUGGGUUAAAGUUUAUGAAGAGUUCGCAACUUUCUUGGUUGAAUACCACUUAAUCUGGGCCAAAAGGAAGGACCCUAGCCAGACUCAGGGAUCGAAGAACAAACAAAUUCAGUGGCCUGCAUUGACUUUCAAACCCCUGGUUGAAAAAAGUGUACCCAGUUCAAUCACUGCAGUAGAAUUCCUUGUAGAUAAGCAACUGGAUUUUUUAACUGAAGAUAGUGCCUUUCAGCCCUACCAGGACGACAUAGACAGCCUAAACCCAGUUCUCAGGGACAACCCGCAACUUCAUGAGGAAGUGAAAGUCUGGGUAAAGGAACAAAAGGUUCAGGAGAUUUUUAUGCAAGGUCCUUAUUCCUUAAAUGGAUACAGAGUAAAAGUAUAUAGACAAGACUCUGCCACCCAGUGGUUUACUGGCAUAAUUACUCAUCAUGAUCUCUUCACCCGCACCAUGAUCGUUAUGAAUGAUCAGGUAUUAGAACCACAGAAUGUCGAUCCUUCUAUGGUUCAAAUGACCUUUCUAGAUGAUGUUGUUCACUCUUUGUUAAAAGGAGAAAAUAUUGGCAUUACAUCACGACGUAGGUCUCGCGCCAGUCAAAACAACAACACUGUUCACGGCCAUUAUACACGUGCCCAAGCAAAUAGUCCCAGACCAGCCAUGAACUCCCAAGCUGCAGUACCAAAACAGAAUACACACCAGCAACAAAGAAAUAUUCGUCCACAUAAGAGAAAGGGCUCAGAUAGCAGCAUACCAGAUGAAGAGAAGAUAAAGGAGGAAAAAAAUGAUUAUAUAACGAGAGGAGAAAAUGCUAAAAGUAAAAACAAACACUUGAUGAAUAAAAGAAGGAAGCCGGAGGAGGAUGAGAAGAAACCCAAUUUGAAAAGACUGCGGACUGACAAUGCUUCAGAUUUUUCUGAGAGCAGUGAUUCAGAAAAUUCAAAUAAGAGAAUGACAGAUAAUUCUUCAGAGCAAAAGUCAGACAAUGAUUUGAAAAAUAAAAACACUUCAAAGAUAAAUGGAGAAGAAGGAAAACCUCAGAAUAAUGAGAAGGCAGGGGAGAAGACACUAAUAAUAAAUAGCCAGACUCCCUGGGAUCAAACACAGGAAGAUAAACAUGAAGAAGUAGAGAAGCUGAAGUCAGUUGACGCUCACCUUCAAGAAAAAAAGAUUACCCAUUUAUCAGAACAGGCUACGCUUUCUGAUCAUAAUCCUAAUGAUUUACUUCUUCCGGAAUGCAAUAUGGAAAAGACACAUACAGUGGAAUUCGUUCCAAAGGAGAAGUACGCAUCCAGACCGCCUACACCAAAGUGUGUUAUAGAUAUCACAAAUGACACUACUUCACAAAAGGUGGCUCAGGAAAAGUCAAGUACCUUUGGCCUUCAGACACUUCAGAAAACAGAUUCUAAUGUUGGUGACUCAAAGCAUUCUAUUUCAAAUACAAAAUACAUGGAAACAAAGCAAGAUUCUGAUCAGAGCUGGGUCAGUGAUGUUAUUAAAGUGGACUUAACCCAGUCAAAUAUAAAUGCUACUUCAGGAAAAGAUCACCCGAAUUUGGAAAAAGAGAAAACCCAAUAUGCCUCUUACAUGACAUCUUUAAAUGCCGUUUCUGUCACAGAUGAUAAUAAGCUGCAUAAACGAAGUCCACCCCCAGAGACCAUAAAAUCUAAACUUAAUACAUCUGUAGAUACUCCCAAGACAAAAUCUGCUCUUUCACCUGAAGUUGUUAAAUCCAAAAUUAGCCAUUCUCCUGACUCAAUAAUGUCUAAGACUACUUAUACCAACAGCCAAGCUACUGGUGAAAGAAGACUGGCAAGUAAGAUAGAACAUGUAUUAUCAAGAUGCAGCUUUCAUCCAGUUCCCACUCGAGGCAGUGCAUUGGAAUCUACAAAGAGUCCGCUUAUCAUUGAUAAAAAUGAGCAUUUCACAGUUUACCGAGAUCCUGCACUUAUUGGGCCAGAACCAGGAGCUAAUCACAUUUCACCUUUCUUAAACCAGCAUCCUUUUCCUCUUCAUUCCUCAUCCCAUAGAACUUGUUUAAAUCCAGGUGUCCAUCACCCAGCCUUAACUCCUGCACCCCACAUAUUAGCUGGAUCCUCCAGUCAAACUCAGUUACCUACCAUUAACACUCACCCUCUGACUAGUGGCCCACACCACUCUGUUCAUCAUCCUCAUUUACUUCCAACUGUGUUACCCGGAGUGCCUGCUGCUUCCUUACUUGGUGGCCACCCACGAUUAGAGACUGCUCAUGCCAGCAGCUUAAGCCACUUAGCACUAGCACACCAGCAACAGCAGCAAUUAUUACAGCACCAGUCACCUCAUCUUCUUGGACAAGCCCACCCUGCUUCAUAUAAUCAACUUGGACUUUAUCCAAUUAUUUGGCAGUACCCAAAUGGAACACAUGCAUACUCAGGACUUGGUUUACCUUCUUCUAAAUGGGUUCACCCAGAAAAUGCAGUUAACACCGAAGCUUCCUUAAGAAGGAAUUCGCCCAGUCCUUGGUUACAUCAGCCCACUCCUGUGACCUCAGCUGAUGGUAUUGGGUUACUUAGUCACGUUCCUGUCAGACCUUCUAGUGCAGAACCUCAUCGUCCUCUUAAAAUUACAGCACAUUCCAGUCCACCACUGACAAAAACCUUAAUAGAUCAUCACAAAGAAGACUUGGAGAGAAAGGCUUUUAUUGAACCUUUACGAUCUGUUGCAUCCACAUCAGCAAAAAAUGACCUGGAUUCAAAUAGGCCACAGACUGGAAAGGAUGGUCUUUUGCACAGGCAUUUUGUGGAUCCAUUAUUGAAUCAAUUACAAAGGCCACCUCAGGAGACUGGAGAAAGGUUAAACAAAUAUAAAGAGGAACACCGUCGAAUUCUUCAAGAAAGUAUUGAUGUUGCUCCCUUUACAACUAAAAUCAAAGGGCUUGAGAGUGAGAGAGAUAAUUAUACCAGAGUGGCAUCAUCAUGUUCUAGUCCUAAAAGUCACAUCAUCAAACAAGACAAAGAUUUAGAGCGCUCAGUAUCAGAUCUUUAUAAAAUGAAGCACUCAGUGUCUCAGAGUCUGCCCCAAAGUAACUAUUUCACUACACUGUCUAAUAGUGUAGUCAAUGAACCACCAAGAUCAUACCCAUCCAAAGAAGUUUCUUACACAGAGAAGCAGAGUAGUAGCCUUGCAGCAGCAGCUAAUCCUCAAACUUUGACUUCAUAUAUAUCAUCUCUUUCAAAGCCUCCACCUCUGAUUAGACACCAAACAGAAACGGAAGGUUUAGUAGGCAAAAUACCAGAACAUCUUCCUCAUCAAAUUGCAUCUCACUCUGUCACAACCUUCAGAAAUGACAGUAGGAGUCCUACCCAUUUGACAGUUUCUUCUACAAAUACACUCCGAAGUAUGCCUGCUUUACAUAGAGCACCAGUAUUUCAUCCACCAAUCCAUCACAGUGUGGAAAGAAAGGAAAGCAGCUAUAGUAACCUUUCCCCUCCAACUUUAACUCCAGUGAUGCCAGUAAAUGCUGGUGGGAAAGCUCAAGAGUCCCAAAAGCCACCAACUCUAAUACCUGAGCCCAAAGACUCUCAAGCAAAUUUCAAGAGUUCUGAACAGAGUUUGACAGAAAUGUGGAAAUCUAAUAACCUCAGCAAAGAGAAAGCUGAAUGGCACGUGGAAAAAAGCAUUGGAAAGUCACAGGCUGCUAUGGCAUCUGUCAUUGUACGUCCACCUUCUAGUACAAAAUAUGAAAGCAUAUCUUCAAUGCAGUUAGCUUCCAAAGAUCGACUUAGUGAAAAAUCUUCAACUGAGGCAAAUCAAACAGAUUGCCUGAAACCAGCAGAAACUGGGGAGACCGGAAGAAUCAUUCUGCCUUUUAUGAAUUCAGACAAUGCUCACAUAAAAUCUGAAAAAGUUUUUCUGUCUGUCUCACACGGCAGUGUUCCCAGUUCAGUUAUGUCUGCUGUAAAUACGACGUGUCAUCCGAAAACAGAUGUUUUUACAUCUGCUGUCUCUACCACCACUAGUUCCAGUUGGGGUGGUUCAGAAGUAAUAUACUCUUUAUCAAAUACCAUUUUGGCCUCUACAUCCUUAGAAUGUACUUCCUCAAAAAGUGUCAGUCAGUCAGUGUCUUGGGCACAAGAAUGCAAAGUCAGCACCACAGCUUCAGUUACACCAACUGGUAGUAAAACAGGAAGUGCUGUUCAGCCCAGCUCUGGGUUCUCAGGCACAACUGAUUUUAUCCAUUUAAAAAAGCACAAGGCAGCCUUGGCUGCUGCUCAAUAUAAGAGUAGUAAUGUUAGUGAGGCUGAGCCUAAUGCUGUGAAAAGUCAGACCUCUUCAGCCUCUGUGCCCUUGGAAAGCACUGUGGUCUGUAGGACAAUAAACAAAGCAAACUCUGUCGGAAAUGGGCAAACAUCCCAGACAAGUCAACCAAACUGCCAUACUAAACUGAAAAAGGCCUGGCUUACUAGACAUUCAGAAGAAGAUAAAAACACUAAUAAAAUGGAAAGUCCAGGACACUCCGUAUCAGAAAUAAUUAAGCCAUGUUCUGUCAACUUAAUAGCCUCUACGUCUAAUGAUAUUCAAAAUAGUGUAGAUAGCAAGAUCAUAGUUGAUAAAUAUAUAAGAGAUGAUAAAGUCAGUAGGAGAAAAGCCAAAAGAACUUAUGAAUCCGGCUCUGAAAGUGGUGACUCUGAUGAAAGUGAAAGCAAAUCAGAGCAAAGGACUAAAAGGCAACCUAAGCCAACUUAUAAAAAGAAGCAAAAUGAUUUGCAGAAAAGAAAAGGUGAAGUAGAAGAAGAUUCGAAACCUAAUGGGGUUCUCAGCAGGAGUGCAAAAGAAAAAAGUAAAUUGAAGUUGCAGAGCAACAACAAUAGUGCUGGCAUCCCUCGCUCAGUAUUAAAAGAUUGGCGUAAAGUCAAGAAGCUAAAACAAACUGGGGAGUCCUUUCUACAGGAUGACUCCUGCUGUGAGAUAGGACCUAAUUUACAGAAGUGCCGAGAAUGUAGACUUUUUCGGAGUAAAAAAGGAGAAGAGCCAACUCACUCACCAGUGUUUUGUAGGUUUUACUACUUUAGAAGAUUGUCCUUUAGUAAAAAUGGAGUGGUUCGUAUAGAUGGGUUUUCUUCUCCUGACCAAUAUGAUGAUGAAGCUAUAAGUUUAUGGACACAUGAAAAUUAUGAAGAUGAUGAACUAGACAUAGAAACAUCUAAAUAUAUACUGGAUGUAAUAGGUGAUAAGUUCUGUCAACUAGUAACAUCUGAGAAAACUGCUUUAUCCUGGGUAAAAAAGGAUGCCAAAAUUGCUUGGAAAAGAGCAGUACGAGGCGUUCGGGAGAUGUGUGAUGCUUGUGAAGCAACAUUGUUUAACAUUCAUUGGGUCUGCCAAAAAUGUGGAUUUGUGGUUUGCUUAGAUUGUUAUAAGGCAAAAGAAAGGAAGAGUUCUAGAGAUAAGGAGCUCUAUGCUUGGAUGAAGUGUGUGAAGGGACAGCCUCAUGACCACAAGCAUUUAAUGCCGACUCAGAUUAUACCUGGUUCUGUUUUGACAGAUCUUUUAGAUGCAGUGCACAUGCUUAGAGAAAAAUUUGGUAUAAAAUCCCACUGUCAUUGUACUAACAAGCAGAAUAUACAAGUUGGAAAUUUUUGUUCCAUGAAUGGUAUGACUCAGGUUUUGCAGAAUGUUCUUAAUCACAGUAAUAAAAUUUCUCUGUGCAUUCCUGAGUCUCAGGAUCAAAAUACUCCUCAGAAGUAUGAGACAAAUGGUAACAGCAGCCCUGGAAGUGAUGUCAGUACCGACAGCAAGUUAACUCCUCCAGAAUCCCAGUCACCACUGCACUGGUUAGCAGAUCUCGCAGAGCAAAAAGCCAGAGAGGAAAAAAAAGAAAACAAAGAAUGUGCACUUGAAAAAUCCAUGAAAGAAGAACAGGAACAAAACCCCAGUUCUCCAAACUGCAGAGCAUCUCCUUCAGUGUCCCAGAGUAAUGAACAAGGCUCAACCUUACGGGAUUUGCUGACAACAACAGCUGGCAAGCUACGAGUGGGCUCUACAGAUGCUGGUAUUGCAUUUGCACCAGUGUAUUCAAUGGGGACCCCAAGUAGCAAAAGUGGAAGGAGUAUGCCAAAUAUUCUUGAUGACAUAAUUGCUUCAGUUGUUGAAAACAAAAUUCCACCAAAUAAAGCCUCUAAGAUAAAUGUAAAAUCAGAACUUAAAGAAGAACCUAAAGAAAGCAAAAAAUGUGCCAUGAAUGAAAAUAAAGUGUACAGUGAUAUACCACAUUCUUGGAUCUGCGAAAAGCAUAUUUUAUGGCUUAAGGAUUAUAAGAACGGUAAUAACUGGAAGCUUUUCAAAGAAUGCUGGCGACAAGGACAACCUGCGUUGGUUUCUGGUGUUCACAAGAAAAUGAACACGAGCUUGUGGAAGGCAGAGUCAAUUGGUCUUGAUUUUGGAGACCAGCAAGCCGAUCUGCUGAACUGCAAAGAUAGCAUUACUUCAAAUGGCAAUGUUAAGGAAUUCUGGGAUGGUUUUGAAGAAGUUUCAAAACGGCAAAAAACCCAAAGUGGGGAAACAGUUGUUUUAAAAUUGAAAGAUUGCCCUUCAGGAGAAGAUUUCAAGACGAUGAUGCCAGCAAGAUAUGAAGAUCUUUUAAAGAGCCUGCCAUUGCCAGAAUAUUGUAGUCCAGAAGGAAAAUUCAAUCUAGCCUCUCAUUUGCCAGGAUUUUUUGUACGACCUGAUCUAGGGCCCAGGUUGUGCAGUGCAUAUGGUGUAGCUGCUGCAAAAGAUCAUGAUAUAGGGACAACAAAUCUUCAUAUUGAAGUUUCUGAUGUUGUAAAUAUUCUAGUUCACGUUGGCAUAGCAAAAGGAAAUGGUGUUCUCUCAAAAGCAGGAAUACUCAAGAAAUUUGAAGAAGAAGAUUUGGAUGAUAUUCUAAGAAAAAGAUUGAAGGACUCAAGUGAAAUACCUGGUGCUCUGUGGCAUAUAUAUGCUGGGAAAGAUGUUGACAAGAUAAGAGAAUUUCUUCAAAAGAUUUCAAAAGAACAAGGCCUUGAGGUUCUACCAGAACAUGAUCCGAUACGUGACCAAAGCUGGUAUGUGAACAAAAAGCUCCGCCAGAGACUGCUUGAAGAACAUGGAGUGAGAACCUUCACUCUUAUCCAGUUCCUUGGUGAUGCGAUUGUCUUGCCAGCAGGAGCACUUCAUCAGGUACAGAAUUUUCACAGCUGUAUUCAGAUAACGGAGGAUUUUGUGUCUCCAGAGCAUCUUGUACAUUCAUUUCACUUAACACAGGAACUGAGACUUUUAAAGGAAGAAAUCAAUUAUGAUGAUAAAUUACAGGUAAAAAAUAUUUUGUAUCACGCAGUCAAAGAAAUGGUGAGAGCUUUGAAGAUACAUGAAAGUGAAAUAGAGGAUAUGGAAGAAAACUAACUGUGGUCCAAUUUGGGGGGUUUAGCCUGUUGAACUGGGAUUACUUCUCCUUGAACUCUGAUAUGUAUGCACACUGACUUAAGUUUCAUGAAACCAUCAGUGCCAAGAAAUUCUCUUUGUAGUAAUUACUUGUUACUGACACCACAACAGUAUAGCAUAUGUCACAGCUCCUGUGAUUCAAUGUUAUUAAAACAAGCUAAAAUGAAAAAAGCAGCCCUUGACAGCUGUUUUGUAUCAUACUGUAUAUGAAGUUUGUGAAAAUGCCAGAUUUAAAAUGAUGUAUUUAUUUUUGGAAAAAAACAAAACAAAAAUUCUAUGCUAUAUUGUUGAUCAAGUGUAAAUGUGACCUUGUACAGUUUGCUAAAAUAACGUGAUAUUUUUCACUACAUUGAGACAGUUACUGUGAGAGUAGGACACAAACACCAGCUAUUGCCUGCAUUUGGGAAAUUGCUGAAUCGCACAGCAGUCAUGUCAUAAGCAGAAAAUUACUGCCAAAUAAUUGUAAAAUUUGUAAAAUAUAAAGUAUAUUAAGUAGAUAAAAAUACAGACACUUCAAUAUUUUAUUGAAGCUAUUCACUGUACAAUUAAAAACGUUUUCAAAAGGUGUAAUUUAUUUAAAAUUGUCUCAUUUUGGUAAAUUUAUGUGAACUUUUAAAGCUAAAUAUUAAACUUAAUAUGCUAUGUAAAUAUAUACAUAUACAUUUAAUGAUGUAUUUUUUUAAAGCAUUGGCUUGCUUUUAUUUGUUAAAGUGCAAGUGUUACAUAAUGGCUUUGUACAUUAAAGUUGAAAGGGGUUUUACAUUUUCCAUUAAAAAGACUUUAUGAAAAAUUGUCCUAC